AAAAAAAAGUGAUUGGUUUGAAGAAUAAAAUCUUAAGAUUCUUUCUUCCACUUAUUAGUUUCUUUUUAUACCGAUAAGAGAGAACAAAAAAAUGCAUGAACAACAAAAUGGUAGAGAAAGCCACAGUAGAGACGCAGCAAGCGGCACAAGAGAUAUGGUUUCUUGCCUCCGCAAGAGCCUUCUUGCAAAUUCCGAAUCCGGGUAUUGUUAAAGUUUUCGUCCUAAGCAGCUUGAUUACGUUCACCUCAGGAAUUGCCUUAGUCAUUGAAUGGAUCUGUCACGGAAAGAGUCACACCGGAUUUGGGUGGAUCAUCUACUACGCAUUGUUCUUGAUGUGUCUUCCUCUUGUCAUCUUGAUCGGUCUUCAUAUCCUCGUGCGUCGCGGCUCAGAUCAGAUUGUAGAUUCAACCACAAGCAAAGAGCCAUGUGUUGUGCAGAAUCAGUGUACCGAGAGUACUAAACGAACUGAAGAAACGGAGAAAAACAGUUGCCAAAGUUUAGCCGUGGUGGUUCCUCCGGAUGACGAAAAGAUGCCGAGGAUAAAACGCGCUGUUUCGUUCCCAUCUCACGGCGAAGUAAGAUCAUGUCGUACUCGUUAGCAAAACGAUGUGUUUAGUUAUUCAAGAAUCUAAUGUCUUUGAGAUAUC